AUGGGGGGAAUCCAGCAAUAUCCCUCAAGACAGUCUCGUCACACCUGCUUGUAUUCCAACAGUCUGGGCUCUGGAAGCGCUCAGUUUAGCGCCCAGCCUUUCUCUCCUCAGCUUCCUCCCACUGGCGCUCAGCCAUACUCUCCUCAGCUUCCCCCCUCAGCUUCUCAGCCUUACCCGCCCUCUUACCCUCAACCUUACCCGCCCUCUGACCCUCAACCUUACCCGCCCUCGGGCGCUCAGCCCCAUGGCAGUCAAUACGCGUUUGGCCAUGCCCCUCAUAGCCAGUACCCACAUCACCACCAGUCUGGCACACUCCCCGCACGCUCUCACAACGACCCCAACUCGCUUCUCAAUGAUGAUGAUGACGACAUGCCGAAUUAUUUCAGUCCUCUCAAUCACGACGACGACAUGGACUUUCAUUCGAAGAUCUACUGA